UCACCCUACAUUCUGUCUGAGAUCCAGGAUCUUCACGAGGUCACCCCUAACAUUCUGUCUAGAGAUCCAGACAUCUUCACCAGGUCACCCCUAACAUUCUGUCUAGAGAUCCAGACCAUCUUCACAGGUUACCCCUAACAUUCUGUCUAGAGAUCCAGACCAUCGUCACCAGGUUACCCCUAACAUUCUGUCUAGAGAUCCAGACCAUCUUCACCAGGUCACCCCUAACAGUCUGUCUAGAGAUCCAGACCAUCUUCACUAGGUCACCCAUAACAUUCUGUCUAGAGAUCCAGACCAUCUUCACAGGUCACCCCUAACAUUCUGUCUAGAGAUCCAGACCAUCUUCACUAGGUCACCCCUAACAUUCUGUCUAGAGAUCCAGACCAUCUUCACCAGGUCACCCCUAACAUUCUGUCUAGAGAUCCAGACCAUCUUCACCAGGUCACCCCUAACAUUCUGUCUAGAGAUCCAGACCAUCUUCACCAGGUCACCCCUAACAUUCUGUCUAGAAAUCCAGACCAUCUUUACUAGGUCACCCCUAACAUUCUGUCUAGAAAUCCAGACCAUCUUCACUAGGUCACCCCUAACAUUCUGUCUAGAAAUCCAGACCAUCUUCACAAAAGCUGUGUUCGAAUACUCAUACUAACCACACUAACCGUACUAUUUGUGACGUAAAUUGAGUAUAUAGUAUGCUUAUUGGUCAUAGUAUGGAUAUAGUUUGUAUGCCAAAAGUUCCCGGAUUGUCGUACUAAAUUCGCCAAAAUACAAAGUAUACAAGCAGUGAACACUAUUUCCGUGCUUUUAGGGCCCAUAAUGCAAUUCUUCAUAAAAUGGGUGUGGCUUCACAACGUUUUCAGAUUUGAAGAAAAUGGCAGAAAAUAUGCAGCCGAAAUCCGACGAGAGCGGAUACAAAUUGCUUUAACUAAUUAUGACAAAUGUUAAGAAAAUGUUGAGCAAUGUAAUACAAGAAUACAAGUUACCUAACGUUAGUUGGCUACUAAUACAUCGAACUUGCCAGGCAGUAUAUUAACUAUCUGCUAUCUAACUAACUACCCAACGUUUAUUGACAUGAUUAUUCACAUCAUUCUUAGCUAAGUGGUAUAGUCGUUGUGCGUUCUCAAUGGACAUUGUUAAUUCUGGCUAUCUACUCCGAUUUCAGAGCACUCUUGUCUGUGUGUGCCAGAGCGCGGGAUAACUGAUUAAUUUAUGAACGCUCAACACCCGUUGAAUAUAUGGCUAGUGUCAGUAAACGUCGGCAAACAAAAGCACAAUUAAAUUGUUGCCAGCAGCACAGUUACAGUCACCAACGCUACUGGAUAACAUGAAAACAGCCUAACCAGCUCUGCUAGGGCGAGUAAAAUGGUCAGUGAGGUGUUCUCUCAUUUGUGUCUGGAAAUAGCUUACCAACGUUAGCCAGUUAGCUUGGGUGCUUGACUACUGUUGUGAGGUCAGAAUAAAAAAUAGAAAUGUCUUAUUUACAUAACUAUUCAGACCAUUUGCUUUGCUCGGUCAUAAACACAUCCAAAAUAAUCAAAGGAAAGGGUUACAAGAAAAAAGGUGUGCAAACUGAAACUGAAACACACUUGCAAACUGAAACGGUAAGGUCUGCCCCCCUUCUGAUAACCAGGUGGCGAAUCACAUCUCUGCAUGUCUGGCAGACAUAUCAGUGUGGAUGACGGAUCACCACCUCAAGCUGAACCUUGGCAAGACGGAGCUGCUCUUCCUCCCAGGGAAGGACUGCCCAUUCCAUGAUCUCGCCAUCACGGUUGACAACUCCGUUGUGUCCUCCUCCCAGAGUGCGAAGAGCCUUGGCGUGACCCUGAACAACACCCUGUCGUUCUCCGCUAACAUCAAGGCGGUGACCCGAUCCUGUAGGUUCAUGCUCUACAACAUUCGGAGAGUACAACACUGCCUUACACAGGAAGCGGCACAGGUCUUAAUCCAGGCACUUGUCAUCUCCCGUCUGGAUUACUGCAACUCGCUGUUGGCUGGGCUCCCUGCCUGUGCCAUUUAACCAACUCAUCCAGAAUGCCGCAGCCCGUCUGGUGUUCAACCUUCCCAAGUUCUCUCACGUCACCCCGCUCCUCCGCACACUCCACUGGCUUCCAGUUGAAGCUCGCAUCUGCUACAAGACCAUGGUGCUUGCCUACGGAGCUGUGAGGGGAACGGCACCUCCGUACCUUCAGGCUCUGAUCAGUCCCUACACCCAAACGAGGGCAUUGCGUUCAUCCACCUCUGGCCUACUGGCCCCCCUACCUCUGCGGAAGCACAGUUCCCGCUCAGCCCAGUCAAAACUGUUCGCUGCUCUGGCACCCCAAUGGUGGAACAAGCUCCCUCACGACGCCAGGACAGCGGAGUCACUCACCACCUUCCGGAGACACUUGAAACCCCACCUCUUUAAGGAAUAACUGGGAUAGGAUAAAGUAAUCCUUCUACCCCCCCCAUUACCCCACCCCACCCCCCAAAAAAAAAAAAAAAAAAAAAAACUUUGUAAAGUGGUUAUCCCACUCUCUAUAAGGUGAAUGCACCAAUUUGUAAGUCGCUCUGGAUAAGACCGUCUGCUAAAUGACGUAAAUGUAAAAAUGAUUAGUGACAGGUGUGAGUUUUUAAAUGUGGUAAAGGAACUGGAGUCCCUCCACUGCUGGAGGGGGAAUGGACAGGAGAUUAGUGGUGGUUUGUGAUAGGGUGAGGGGACUGUCAGUCAGGGUAGGGGCAAAUCGAGCACAGUUAUAAUCAAUUGAAUGACGAAAAUAGGCUAAAGUGGGCUAAUGCAAUUGAAGGCGUGAAUCAAAUUGUUGCUUAUACUCAAACUCCCAAAGUAAUAUCCAACCAUUAUCCUAAAUUUAAAUCAAUAGCCGUGUGUGGUCAAUGAUCAUUUCAGCACCGUUUUGAUUGGGACAGGGCCAUCACGCUGCUUUGAGACAAGUGUGGGGGGACUCGUCUUGAUAGAUCAAUCAGUGUCAGAUUUAGGUUUUCACUGAAUCUCUAUUUGGUAACAAUUAGGCUGGGGAAAUGUUAGCUAAGUUGAGGUGAGUGCUCAGGAUCAUCUUUAUUCUAGUUUGCUCAUAUAUUAAUGAUCAGAAAAUGUGGCUAGCAUGUUAUGUAACUUAAGUGGAUUUUGCUCUUCACUUGCGUAAUAUGUCGUUAUCAAUAAAACGUCACAAUAAGGUGCAGAGUGUUCGGUUUUCCUGCUGGGGGGCAAGGAGACCCCCAGCUACGCUAAAACCAUUGACAACUGCGUGUCGUUUUCAAGGCAUUGUUAAAUAAAUGUUAACUAUUUGGUUUUAAUAUCAACACCUCUUGAAGAGCAUAGUCAGAACUACACAUUUCCAGUUAUUCCACAUUUAGCGCUAUCAUCAGAGUUAUACAGCAAGUAACUGGAUGCUUUUCAUGAUCAGUAAACAUCAGUUGAUGAUUAUAUAUCAGCUACGUAAGGGUAGCCUGACAAUAUCUCUCAAUAUUGGCCACCAUUCUUUGGAUAUGAGUGAUAUAAAAGUGAACUACACCUGACAAGUAUGAGUGGUUUACGUUAAUUAUCCAUCCUUUGUGGGCUCUGCUUGUCAAGCAGCAGAAUUUUUUUCUCCAUUUGUCUGUCAUAGUUGACGUGUACCUAUGAUGAAAAUUACAGGCCUCUCUCAUCUUUUUAAGUGGGAGAACUUGCACAAUUGGUGGCUAACUAAAUACUUUUUUUCCCCACUGUAGUUAUAAUAUUUAUUUAACAAUCCCUUGAAAAGGGCACAUAGUUGUCAAUGGUUUUAGUGGAAUUGGGGGUUUCCUUGCCCCCCAGCAGGCAAAUCGAACGCUCUGCACCUUAUUGUGACGUUUUAUUGAUAACGACCUAUAGCCUGUCCUACUCUCGACCAAAAGCCUGUGACUUGUCUUAAUCAAUCAAUGUGAUUUUGUUUCACAGAAUCUCCAUCUGUAUAUUUGAUUAGGCUAAUUGAUCUCUGGCUGGCCAAAUACGUGGAUGUGGGAUAACUCAUCUAUCACUGAUCAGAAACAUUUAGCAUGCUAUAAUGUAGCCUAAAUCAAGUAUGUUAUUUUGCUCUUGAUUCACCUAUAGGCUAUAUAUAGUAGCCUUAAAUAAUCGAUCCACCAUCGAGCCGUUCGAGCACGUCCUGUUUUAUCUAAUGUAACUUACUUCAAUAUAAUAAAUAAUUAAUAAUUAAUUCAUGCCUUUAAAUACAACCAAGCAUUUUAAUUUGAAAAUAGGCCUAAAUAAAUAACUAGAUUUUCUGCUAAACAACCAUUUGAAUAAUCGCUCAAAAGCCCUGUGUUUUGAAUGCAUGUUUUAUUCUGAAAUGAGAUUUGGAUCAGUUAUGGGUCUUCUUUCGAUAGUUUACAAGGUCCAACAAGGCACUUUAGCAGGGCAGUCAUAUAGGGUGUAUAAAUAUGGGCUUCUGCUGAUUCUGAGAUGCGCUGCCUGUCAUGAUCAUCAUUCUCCCGAGUGCACUUCAGCCUAUUCGUAUCGCAAUUUGAAACAUUUCAAUGAUCAGAAAAAUAAGUUAUAUGGCGACACAUUUCUUUGGCCCAACCAAUAUUGGAAUCCUGACACUGCUAGUGGCUGCAGCUGCUGCUUCUGCUGAGAGAGAGAGAGCACUAGUAAAAAGUGCGCAGACACUCCAUUUUUCUUUCUGAACACCGGGCCCCAUCGGGUUUGGGCGGAGAAGGAGAACUCUAACCCAGUCCCUGAGCAAUCUGGAAUGUUAUUUGGCCCUAAACAGAGAGUACACAGUAGCAGAAUACCUGACCACUGUGACUGACCCAAAAUGAAGGAACGCUUUGACUAUGUACAGACUCAAUGAGCAUAGCCUUGCUAUUGAAAGAGGCCGCCGUAGGCAGACCUGGCUCUCAAGAGAAGACAGGCUAUGUUCCCACUGCCCACAAAAUGAGGUGGAAACUGAGCUGCACUUCCUAACCUCCUGCCAAAUUUAUGACAAUAUUAGAAACACAUAUUUCCUUCAGAUUACACAGACCCACAAAGAAUUUGAAAAAAUAUAUAAUCUUGAUAAACUCCCAUAUCUAUUAGGUGAAAUAGCAUAGCAGACCUGUUGCCACAAGGAAAGGGCAACCAGUGGAGCACAAACAACAUUGUAAAUACAACCUACAGUGCCUUCGGAAAGUAUUCAGACCCCUUGACUUUUUCCACAUUUUGUUACUUUACAGCCUUAUUUUAAAAUUGAUUAAAUAAAUAACAAAUAUCUCAGCAAUCUAAACACAAUGCCACAUAAUGACAAAGCAAAAACAGAUUUUUUGAAAUUUUAGCAAAUGUAUAAAAAAAAUAAAAAUAAAAUACCUUAUUUACAUAAGUAUUCAGACCCUUUGCUAUGAGACUCAAAAUUGAGCUCAGGUGCAUCCUGUUUCCAUUGAUCAUCCUUGAGAUGUUUCUACAACUUGAUUGCAGUCCACCUAUUAUAAAUUCAAUUAAUUGGACAUGAUUUGGAAAGGCACGCCUGUCUAUAUAAGGUCCCACAGUUGACAGUGCCUGUCAGAGCAAAAACCAAGCCAUGAGGUCGAAGGAAUUGUCCGUAGAGCUCAGAGACAGGAUUGUGUCGAGGCACAGAUCUGGGGAAGGGUACCAAAAAAUGUCUGCAGCAUUGAAGGUCCCCAAGAACACUGUGGCCUCCAUUAUUCUUAAAUUGAAGAAGUUUGGAACCACCAAUACUCUUUCUAGAGCUGGCCACCCGGCCAAACUGAGCAAUUUGGGGAGAACGGCCUUGGUCAGGGAGGUGACCAAGAACCCGAUGGUCACUCUGACAGAGCUCUAGAGUUCCUCUGUGGAGAUGGGAGAACCUUCAGAAGGACAACCAUCUCUGCAGCACUCCACCAAUCAGGCCUUUAUGGUAGAGUGGCCAGACGGAAGCCACUCCUCAAUAAAAGGCAUAUGACAGCCCACUUGGAGUUUGCCAAAAGGCACCUAAAGACUCUCAGACCAUGAGAAACAAGAUUCUCUGGUUUGAACCAAGAUUGAACUCUUUGGCCUGAAUACCAAGCGUCACAUCUGGAGGAAACCUGGCACCAUCCCUACGGUGAAGCAUGGUGGUGGCAGCAUCAUGCUGUGGGGAUGUUUUUCAGCGGCAGGGACUGAGAGACUAGUCAGGAUCGAGGCAAAGAUGAAUGGAGCAAAGUACAGAGAGAUUCUUGAUGAAAACCUGCUCCAGAGCGCUCAGGACCUCAGACUGGGUUGAAGGUUCACCUUCCAACAGGACAACGACCCUAAGCACACAGCCAAGACAACGCAUGAGUGGCUUCGGGACAAGUCUCUUAAUGUCCUUGAGUGGCCCAGCCAGAGCCCGGACUUGAACCUGAUCGAACAUCUCUGGAGAGACCUGAAAAUAGCUGUGCAGCGACGCUCCCCAUCCAACCUGACAGAAUUUAAGAGGAUCUGCAGAGAAGAAUGGGAGAAACUCCCUAAAUACAGGUGUGCCAAGCUUGUAGCGUCAUACCCAAGAAGACUCUACGCUGUAAUCGCUGCCAAAGGUGCUUCAACAAAGUACUGAGAAAAGGGUCUGAAUCUUUAUGUAAAUGUGAUAUUUCAGUUUUUAUUUUUAAUAAAUUAGCAAAACUUUAUAAAAACCUGUUUUUGCUUUGUCAUUAUGGGGUAUUGUGUGUAGAUUGAUGAGGAAAAAUAACAAUUUAAUCCAUUUGUAGAUUAAGGCUGUAACGUAACAAAAUUUAGAAAAGUCAAGGGGUCUGAAGACUUUCCGAAGGCACUGUAUAUUUACAGUGGGGGAAAAAAGUAUUUGAUCCCCUGCUGAUUUUGUACGUUUGCCCACUGACAAAGAAAUGAUCAGUCUAUCAUUUUAAUGGUAGGUUUAUUUGAACAGUGAGAGACAGAAUAACAACAAAAAAACGCAUGUCAAAAAUGUUAUAAAUUGAAUUGCAUUUUAAUGAGGGAAAUAAGUAUUUGACCCCUCUGCAAAACAUGUCUUAGUACUUGGUGGCAAAACCCUUACUGGCAAUCACAGAGGUCAGACGUUUCUUGUAGUUGGCCACCAGGAGGGUUUUUGUCCCACUCCUCUGCAGAUCUUCUCCAAGUCAUUAAGGUUUCGAGGCUGACGUUUGGCAACUCGAACCUUCAGCUCCUUCCACAGAUUUCUAUGGGAUUAAGGUCUGGAGACUGGCUAGGCCUCUCCAGGACCUUAAUGUGCUUCUUCUUGAGCCACUCCUUUGUUGCCUUGGCCGUGUGUUUUGGGUCAUUGUCAUGCUGGAAUACCCAUCCACGACCCAUUUUCAAUGCCCUGGCUGAGGGAAGGAGGUUCUCACCCAUGAUUUGACGGUACAUGGCCCCGUCCAUCGUCCCUUUGAUGCGAUGAAGUUGUCCUGUCCCCUUAGCAGAAAAACACCCCCAAACCAUAAUGUUUCCACCUCCAUGUUUAAUGGUGGCGAUGGUGUUCUUGGGGUCAUAGGCAGCAUUCCUCCUCCUCCAAACACGGCGAGUUGAGUUGAUGCCAAAGAGCUCGAUUUUGGUCUCAUCUGACCACAACACUUUCACCCAGUUCUCCUCUGAAUCAUUCAGAUGUUCAUUGGCAAACUUCAGACGGGCCUGUAUAUGUGCUUUCUUGAGCAGGGGGACCUUGCGGGCGCUGCAGGAUUUCAGUCCUUCACGGCGUAGUGUGUUACCAAUUGUUUUCUUGGUGACUAUGAUCCCAGCUGCCUUGAGAUCAUUGACAAGAUCCUCCCGUGUAGUUCUGGGCUGAUUCCUCACCGUUCUCAUGAUCAUUGCAACUCCACGAGGUGAGAACUUGCAUGGAGCCCCAGGCCGAGGGAGAUUGACAGUUCUUUUGUGUUUCUUCCAUUUGCGAAUAAUCGCACCAACUGUUGUCACCUUCUCACCAAGCUGCUUGGCGAUGGUCUUGUAGCCCAUUCCAGCCUUGUGUAGGUCUACAAUCUUGUCCCUGACAUCCUUGGAGAGCUCUUUGGUCUUGGCCAUGGUGGAGAGUUUGGAAUCUGAUUGAUUGAUUGCUUCUGUGGACAGGUGUCUUUUAUACAGGUAACAAGCUGAGAUUAGGAGCACUCCCUUUAAGAGCGUGCUCCUAAUCUCAGUUCGUUACCUGUAUAAAAGACACCUGGGAGCCAGAAAUCUUUCUGAUUGAGAGGGGGUCAAAUACUUAUUUCCCUCAUUAAAAUGCAAAUCAAUUUAUAACAUUUUUGACAUGCGUUUUUCUGGAUGUUUUUGUUGUUAUUCUGACUCUCACUGUUCAAAUAAACCUACCAUUAAAAUUAUAGACUGAUCAUGUCUUUGUAAUAAUAAUAAUAUGCCAUUUAGGAGACGCUUUUAUCCAAAGCGACUUACAGUCAUGUGUGCAUGCAUUUUUACAUAUGGGUGGUCCCGGGGAUCGAACCCACUACUCUGACGUUAUAAGCGCCUUGCUCUACCAAUUGAGCUACAGAGGACAAACGUACAAAAUCAGCAGGGGAUCAAAUACUUUUUUCCCUCACUGUAUCUGUUUAUUUACUGUAUUUUCCCUUUCAUACUUCAACUACUGUAUUUGCACAUUGUGUUACAACACUGUACAUAGCCAAUAAUAUAACAUUUGAAAUGUCUAUAUUCUUUAAAAACUUUUGAGAGUUUAAUGUUUACUUGUUAAUUUCCCUUUUGUUUAUUGUUUAUUUCACAUAUGUUUCCCAUGCCAAUAAAGCCCUUAGAUAGAGAGAGAGAACAAACACUGGAAUAGGGAAAGGAGAGCGUUUUGGGAGGGAGUGAGGGAGGGAGGGAGAAACGACGUGUAGGACGGAUGGGAGACCCUGGCUCCCUGAUUCCCGUUCCGACCGCAGCCCGCACGGCUGGUGUUGUGUGCGUGCACACUCAGGACUCUGCGAGGAGGAGGAGGAGGAAGCGUGAGUUGUGUUUAUUUUUAGUUCCCCCUGGGCCGACUAAUCAAACGUAGCCGAGCUGAGCCACGGAUAACAAACGUCAGCGGGUGUCGAUAAGAUGAGAUCGCGGGAGAUGAGAUGAGCGAUGAAUCUGGACUGCCUGCAGUUGGGGGACUGGUGUUCGACAGCACAGGGGGGGUCCAUGGCUGCGACACACGGAGGAGGGCCAGUAUGGAGGGGUCCGGGACCAGGGCCAGGGGAGGUUAGCAGUGGGGCCGGGUAGAGCUGGACCCAGGCCGGAGGUGCCUCUCCUGGGAGGACCUUGGCUCAACCCGGAGGAAUUGAGGAGCAGCGUGGUGGUGCUCUACACCCCCGCUGGAAACACCUGCUUCCUCCGACUGGUACUAGAGAAGGAGAGAGAGAGGAGGGGGAGAGAGGAGUUAGCAGAGAGGAUAGUACUCAGGGGGAGACAGGAGAUGGCAGAGAGGAUAGUACUCAGGGCUGCAGGAUAGCUUGGACAGGUAUGUGUCUGUGGCUGUUGGUGGUUUGUGUGUGUACGUGCAUUUGCGUCCGUGUGUCUGUACGGUGUGGUAGAUAUUCGUUAUGAGUGUGUCAGAUCAGAAGUGUGUGUGUGUCUAUAUGUGUGUGUGUGUUUCUUGUCUUAAAUAAGACCAGCGUGUCAGUCCUCAUGGGAGAGCUAUCUCCUCUUGCUGAGAUGUCUUAAGUGCAGCAGUAGACACCCGUGUGGCAUACACACACACACACACACACACACACACACACACACACACACACACACACACACACACACACACACACAGUGCCAGGGCUCAUAUAGAGGACACUCAGCUCAGUUCUAAGAAGGAGACAGUAUAGUCUACUCCCAGUAGUACUAGGACCUAAACUAACACCUGGACCAACUGACUGACUGUCUGUCUGACUGACUGUCUAGCUGACUGUCUAGCUGACUGUCUGUCUGUUUGACUGACUGACUGACUGUCUGACUGACUGUCUGACUGUCUAGCUGACUGUCUGUCUGUCUGUCUGUCUGACUUACUGUCUGACUAUCUGUAUGUCUGUCUGACUGGCUGUCUGACUGUCUGACUAUCUGUCUGUCUGGCUGACUGUCUGUCUGGCUGGCUGACUGACUGUUUGUCUGUUUGUCUGUCUGGCUGACUGUCUAGCUGACUGUCUGUCUGACUGUCUAUCGCUCUGACUGGCUGGCUGACUGGCUGGCUGACUGUCUGUCUGUUUUACUGACUGUCUGUCUGACUGACUGGCUGGCUGGCUGACUGUCUGUCUUACUGACUGUCUGGCUGAUUUACUGGCUGACUGUCUGUCUUACUGACUGUCUGGCUGACUUACUGGCUGACUGACUGGCUGACUGGCUGACUGUCUGUCUGUUUUACUGACUGUCUGGCUGACUGUCUGGCUGACUGUCUAGGCUGUAUCCAAUAACAAACCUCUUCAACAUGACGUCAUUUAGAGUAACUACUUUGUUUACUAGUGGGUCACCAUGUGCAUGCGUACUGAUUGUGUACAGGAUUUAGUGAAGCAGCAUGGUUGUCCAUAUGGGGUUCUGAUCCUGUUUAGUUAGCCUGCUGCAGGGCGAUUAGCUCAUAGUUUAAGUGUCUUUGUGCUGACGAGACCGUAAGCAGCUUGGUUAUCAAGACACAGUCCACAGCGUUUGGUCGCUCUGCUCCGCUCGGACCCAGACCCUCGCCAUUCGCCACGAGAUGUUUCCAUGCUGACUGCAUCAUAGAGGAAAGUUUGAGAGGUCUUUGUCACAGGGGCCAUAUUAGUGGAAAUCAGCGUCCACUCUCACUCCAAAUUUCUCUCACUCCAAUUUUCUCUCACUCCAAAUCUCUCUCAUUCCAUUCCAAACACAAGCAGAACACUGAGCAGUGACUCUUAAGCUACACAAUGUCUCCUCUCUAAUGUCUCCUCUCUAAUGUCUCCUCUCUAAUGUCUCCUCUCUAAUGUCUCCUCUAAUGUCUCCUCUCUAAUGUCUCCUCUAAUGUCUCCUCUCUAAUGUCUCCUCUCUAAUGUCUCCUCUCUGUCUCCUCUCUAAUGUUUCCUCUCUAAUGUCUCCUCCCUAAUGUCUCCUCUAAUGUCUCCUCUCUGACUCCUCUCUAAUGUCUCCUCUAAUGUCUCCUCUCUAAUGUCUCCUCUCUAAUGUCUCCUCUCUAAUGUCUCCUCUCUAAUAUUUCCUCUAAUGUCUCCUCCCUAAUGUCUCCUCUCUAAUGUCUCCUCUCUAAUGUCUCCUCUCUAAUGUCUCCUCUCUAAUGUCUCCUCUCUAAUGUCUCCUCUCUAAUGUCUCCUCUCUAAUGUCUCCUCUCUGUCUCCUCUCUGUCUCCUCUCUAAUGUUUCCUCCCUAAUGUCUCCUCUCUAAUGUCUCCUCUCUAAUGUCUCCUCUCUGUCUCCUCUCUAAUGUCUCCUCUCUAAUGUCUCCUCUCUAAUGUCUCCUCUCUAAGUCUCUUCUCUGUCUCCUCUCUAAUGUCUCCUCUCUAAUGUCUCCUCUCUAAUGUCUCCUCCCUAAUGUCUCCUCUCUAAUGUCUCCUCUCUAAUGUCUCCUCUCUAAGUCUCUUCUCUGUCUCCUCUCUAAUGUCUCCUCUCUAAUGUCUCCUCUCUAAGUCUCUUCUCUGUCUCCUCUCUAAUGUCUCCUCUCUAAUGUCUCCUCUCUAAUGUAUCCUCUCUAAUGUCUCAUCUCUGACUCCUCUCUAAUGUCUCCUCUCUAAUGUCUCCUCCCUAAUGUCUCCUCUCUAAUGUCUCCUCUCUGUCUCCUCUCUAAUGUCUCCUCUCUGUCUCCUCUCUGUCUCCUCUCUAAUGUCUCCUCCCUAAUGUCUCCUCUCUAAUGUCUCCUCUCUAAUGUCUCCUCUCUAAUGUCUCCUCUCUAAUGUCUCCUCUCUAAUGUCUCCUCCCUAAUGUCUCCUCUCUAAUGUCUCGUCUAAUGUCUCCUCUCUAAUGCCUCCUCCCUAAUGUCUCCUCUCUAAUGUCUCCUCUAAUGUCUCCUCUCUAAUGUCUCCUCUCUAAUGUCUCCUCUCUAUGUCUCUUCUAUGUCUCCUCUCUAAUGUCUCCUCUCUAAUGUCUCCUCUCUAAGUCUCUUCUCUGUCUCCUCUCUAAUGUCUCCUCUCUAAUGUCUCCUCUCUGACUCCUCUCUAAUGUCUCCUCUCUAAUGUCUCCUCUCUAAUGUAUCCUCUCUAAUGUCUCAUCUCUGACUCCUCUCUAAUGUCUCCUCUCUAAUGUCUCCUCCCUAAUGUCUCCUCUCUAAUGUCUCCUCUCUAAUGUCUCCUCUCUAAGUCUCUUCUCUGUCUCCUCUCUAAUGUCUCCUCUCUGACUCCUCUCUAAUGUCUCCUCUCUGACUCCUCUCUAAUGUCUCCUCUCUAAGUCUCCUCUCUAAUGUCUCCUCUCUGUCUCCACUCUAAUGUCUCCUCUCUAAUGUCUCCUCUCUGACUCCCCUCUAAUGUCUCCUCUCUAAUGUCUCCUCUCUGUCUCCUCUCUAAUGUCUCCUCUCUGACUCCUCUCUAAUGUCUCCUCUCUAAGUCUCUUCUCCCUCUCCUCUCUAAUGUCUCCUCUCUAAUGCCUCCUCCCUAAUGUCUCCUCUCUAAUGUCUCCUCUCUAAUGUCUCCUCUCUAAUGUCUCCUCUCUGUCUCCUCUCUAAUGUCUCCUCUCUAAUGUCUCCUCUCUAAUGUCUCCUCUCUAAUGUUUCCUCUCUAAUGUAUCCUCUCUAAUGUCUCCUCUCUAAUGUCUCCUCUCUGUCUCCUCUCUGUCUCCUCUCUAAUGUCUCCUCUCUAAUGUCUCCUCCCUAAUGUCUCCUCUAAUGUCUCCUCUCUGUCUCCUCUCUAAUGUCUCCUCUCUGUCUCCUCUCUAUUGUCUCCUCUCUAAUGUCUCCUCUCUAAUGUUUCCUCUCUAUUGUCUCCUCUCUAAUGUCUCCUCUCUAAUGUUUCCUCUCUAAUGUCUCCUCUCUAAUGUCUCCUCUCUAAUGUCUCCUCUCUGUCUCCUCUCUAAUGUCUCCUCUCUAAUGUCUCCUCUCUGUCUCCUCUCUAAUGUCUCCUCUCUAAUGUCUCCUCUAUAAUGUCUCCUCUAAUGUCUCCUCUCUAAUGUCUCCUCUCUGUUUCCUCUCUAAUGUCUCCUCUCUAAUGUCUCCUCUCUAAUGUCUCCUCUCUGUCUCCUCUCUGUCUCCUCUCUAAUGUCUCCUCCCUAAUGUCUCCUCCCUAAUGUCUCCUCUCUAAUGUCUCCUCUCUAAUGUCUCCUCUCUAAUGUCUCCUCCCUAAUGUCUCCUCUCUAAUGUCUCCUCUCUAAUAUCUCUUCUCUAAUGUCUCCUCUCUAAUGUCUCGUAUAAUGUCUCCUCUCUAAUGUCUCCUCUCUAAUGUCUCCUCUAAUGUCUCCUCCCUAAUGUCUCCUCUCUAAUGUCUCCUCUCUAAGUCUCUUCUCUGUCUCCUCUCUAAUGUCUCCUCUCUAAUGUCUCCUCUCUAAGUCUCUUCUCUGUCUCCUCUCUAAUGUCUCCUCUCUAAUGUCUCAUCUCUGACUCCUCUCUAAUGUCUCCUCUCUAAUGUCUCCUCCCUAAUGUCUCCUCUCUAAUGUCUCCUCUCUAAUGUCUCCUCUCUAAUGUCUCCUCUCUAAUGUCUCCUCCCUAAUGUCUCCUCUCUAAUGUCUCCUCUCUAAUGUCUCCUCUCUAAUGUCUCGUCUAAUGUCUCCUCUCUAAUGCCUCCUCCCUAAUGUCUCCUCUCUAAUGUCUCCUCCCUAAUGUCUCCUCUCUAAUGUCUCGUCUAAUGUCUCCUCUCUAAUGCCUCCUCCCUAAUGUCUCCUCUCUAAUGUCUCCUCUCUAAUGUCUCCUCUCUAAUGUCUCCUCUCUAAUGUCUCGUCUAAUGUCUCCUCUCUAAUGCCUCCUCCCUAAUGUCUCCUCUCUAAUGUCUCCUCUCUAAUGUCUACUCUCUAAUGUCUCCUCUCUAAUGUCUCCUCUCUAAUGUCUCGUCUAAUGUCUCCUAUCUAAUUUCUCCUCUAAUGUCUCCUCUCUAAUGUCUCCUCUCUAAUGUCUCCUCUCUAAUGUCUCCUCCCUAAUGUCUCCUCUCUAAUUUCUCCUCUAAUGUAUCCUCUCUAAUGUCUCCUCUCUAAUGUCUCCUCUCUAGUCUCUCUCUGUCUCCUCUCUAAUGUCUCCUCUCUAAUGUCUCCUCUCUAAGUCUCUUCUCUGUCUCCUCUCUAAUGUCUCCUCUCUAAUGUCUCCUCUCUGUCUCCUCUCUAAUGUCCUCCUCUCUAAUGUCUCCUCUCUAAUGUCUCCUCCCUAAUGUCUCCUCUCUAAUGUCUCCUCUCUAAUGUCUCCUCUCUAAGUCUCUUCUCUGUCUCCUCUCUAAUGUCUCCUCUCUAAUGUCUCCUCUCUGACUCCUCUCUAAUGUCUCCUCUCUAAGUCUCUUCUCUGUCUCCUCUCUAAUGUCUCCUCUCUAAUGUCUCCUCUCUGUCUCCUCUAUAAUGUCUCCUCUCUAAUGUCUCCUCUCUGACUCCUCUCUAAUGUCUCCUCUCUAAUGUCUCCUCUCUAAUGUCUCCUCUCUAAUGUCUCCUCUCUAAUGUCAUCCUCUCUAAUUCUCCUCUCUAAUGUCUCCUCUCUAAUUGUCUCCUCUCUGACUCCCUCUCUAAUGUCUCCUCUCUAAGUCUCUUCUCUGUCUCCUCUCUAAUGUCUCCUCUCUAAUGUCUCCUCUCUAAUGUCUCCUCUCUAAUGUCUCCUCCCUAAUGUCUCCUCUCUAAUGUCUCCUCCCUAAUGUCUCCUCUCUAAUGUCUCCUCCCUAAUGUCUCCUCUCUAAUGUCUCCUCCCUAAUGUCUCCUCUCUAAUGUCUCCUCCCUAAUGUCUCCUCUCUAAUGUCUCCUCUCUAAUGCUCCUCUCUAAUGUCUCCUCCCUAAUGUCUCCUCUCUAAUGUCUCCUCUCUAAUGUCUCCUCUCUAUUGUCCCCUCCCUAAUGUGUGUGUAUUAGCAGUGUGUGUGUAUGUAUUAGCAGUGUGUGUGUGUGUGUGUGUGUUUGUGUGGGCAGAGGCAGGUCAGUCUCCUGUGCUGUGUUAAUUACCAAACUAUUGACCGGAUGUGUGUUUUUCCACUGUGUCAUGGAGCGCUGUAAGGGUGACUAGAUACUCCCACUCCAUUGGUCUAUUUGUGGGGCAGUGUUUUGGACCAGGGGGACAUUUUGUUUUGUAGCAGUUUAACUAUGGAGUGUAUUCCUCUCCACAUCCAUGUCUUUAUCAUAGAACCACGUCUUUAUCAUACAACCAAGAAAAUAAGUGGCUUUUCCAUGACUUUUCAAUGACUUUUCUACCACUUUUCCAUGAGUGCAUCUCUAUGGCUGAUGUCUACGGUAGUUUGUAUAAAUGGGUCAUUGCAUUCCGUGUGAAAAUGGGACAGAAAUGUCUGUGGAUGUUUUUUCCAGUUUGCAGAAAGAAAUACACUUUGUAUGGAGGAUUUUUUCAAAACAUACGUUGCCAUGCAGAUACAUGUGAUGGACAUUUUGUAUCUGAAUGUGGCAGUAGUGUGAUGAUGUGUUACAGCAGUUCAGUGUUGAUUUAGCCCUUCCUUCAUGUGCCCUGUGUUAAGAUGAUGUUCAUUAACUCAUGUCAUGUAUCCUGUGUGUUAAAGUAGCGUUUACUAACCCUGUGUGUUAAAGUAGCGUUUACUAACCCUGUGUGUUAAAGUAGCGUUCACUAACCCUGUGUGUUAAAGUAGCGUUUACUAACCCUGUGUGUUAAAGUAGCGUUUACUAACCCUGUGUGUUAAAGUAGCGUUUACUAACCCUGUGUGUUAAAGUAGCGUUCACUAACCCUGUGUGUUAAAGUAGCGUUCACUAACCCUGUGUGUUAAAGUAGCGUUCACUAACCCUGUGUGUUAAAGUAGCGUUCACUAACCCUGUGUGUUAAAGUAGCGUUUACUAACCCUGUGUGUUAAAGUAGCGUUCACUAACCCAGUGUGUUAAAGUAGCGUUCACUAACCCUGUGUGUUAAAGUAGCGUUCACUAACCCUGUGUGUUAAAGUAGCGUUCACUAACCCUGUGUGUUCUCUGUUUCUGUCCACAGAGCUCAGGAAUGGAGGAGACUGUUUGGGAGCAGUACACUGUGAACCUACAGAGGGUGAGUUGACCUUUGACCUUUACCCUUUAUAUGUAUUUGCCCUGGAGUCUCUCCUAUGGUCUCUUCCCAGUGAAGGGUCAGAGUGUGUGUGUAGUGGGUCCCUUGCCAUCAGCCGGUGUGUGUUAGCUCUCACCAGAUAAGGUGUAUCCGUCCGUCCUUACGUGUGUUUGUCUGUGAACUCACUGAGCUACACAACAGUAGUUUACUGAAGCCCUGUGACCAAACCCAGUUUAUCUCUCAUGCCUCCAGACAGACAGACAGACAGGCAGACAGGCAGACAGGCAGACAGGCAGGCAGACAGACAGGCAGGCAGGCAGACAGACAGACAGACAGACAGACAGGCAGACAGACAGACAGGCAGACAGGCAGACAGACAGACAGACAGACAGACAGACAGACAGACAGACAGACAGACAGACAGACAGGCAGACAAAUCAAAUCAAAUCAAAUUUUAUUGGCCACAUGCGCCGAAUACAACAGGUUCAGACAUUACAGUGAAAUUACAGCCCUUAACCAACAGUGCAUUUAUUUUUUAACAAAAAAGUACGGGUUGAGAAAAAAAGAGCAGAAGUAAAAUAAAAUAACAGUAGGGAGGGUAUAUAUACAGGGGGGUACCGGUGCAGAGUCAAUGUGCGGGGGCACCGGCUAGUUGAGGUAGUUGAAGUAAUAUGUACAUGUGGGUAGAGUUAAAGUGACUAUGCAUAAAUAAUUAACAGAGUAGCAGCAGCGUAAAAGGAUGGGGUGGGGGGGGCAGUGCAAAUAGUCCGGGUAGCCAUGAUUAGCUCUUCAGGAGUCUUAUGGCUUGGCGGUAGAAGCUGUUGAGAAGUCUUUUGGACCUAGACUUGGCACUCCGGUACCGCUUGCCGUGCGGUAGCAGAGAGAACAGUCUAUGACUAGGGUGGCUGGAGUCUUUGACAAUUUUGAGGGCCUUCCUCUGACACCGCCUGGUAUAGAGGUCCUGGAUGGCAGGAAGCUUGGCCCCAGUGAUGUACUGGGCCGUACGCACUACCCUCUGUAGUGCCUUGCGGUCGGAGGCCAAGCAGUUGCCAUACCAGGCGGUGAUGCAACCAGUCAGGAUGCUCUCGAUGGUGCAGCUGUAUAAUUUUUUGAGGAUCUGAGGACCCAUGCCAAAUCUUUUCAGUCUCCUGAGGGGGAAUAGGCUUUGUCGUGCCCUCUUCACGACUGUCUUGGUGUGUUUGGACCAUGAUAGUUCGUUGGUGAUGUGGACACCAAGGAACUUGAAGCUCUCAACCUGUUCCACUACAGCCCCGUCGAUGAGAAUGGGGGCGUGCUCAGUCCUCUUUUUUUUUCCUGUAGUCCACAAUCAUCUCCUUUGACUUGGUCACGUUGAGGGAGAGGUUGUUAUCCUGGCACCACACGGCCAGGUCUCUGCCCUCCUCCCUAUAGGCUGUCUCAUCGUUGUCGGUGAUCAGGCCUACCACUGUUGUGUCGUCGGCAAACUUAAUGAUGGUGUUGGAGUCGUGCCUGGCCAUGCAGUCAUGGGUGAACAGGGAGUACAGGAGGGGACUGAGCACGCACCCCUGAGGGGCCCCGUGUUGAGGAUCAUUGUGGCAGAUGUGUUGUUACCUACCCUUACCACCUGGGGGCGGCCCGUCAGGAAGUCCAGGAUCCAGUUGCAGAGGGAGGUGUUUAGUCCCAGGAUCCUUAGCUUAGUGAUGAGCUUUGAGGGCACUAUGGUGUUGAAUGCUGAGCUGUAGUCAAUGAAUAGCAUUCUCGCGUAGGUGUUCCUCUUGUCCAGGUGGGAAAGGGCAGUGUGGAGUGCAAUAGAGAUUGCAUCAUCUGUGGAUCUCGUCAGAGCCAGUGUAGUACGAUUCAAUCUUAGUCCUGUAUUGACUCUUUGCCUGUUUGAUGGUUCGUCGGAGGGCAUAGCGGGAUUUCUUAUAAGCGUCCGGGUUAGAGUGCCGCUCCUUGAAAGCGGCAGCUCUACUCUUUAGCUCAGUGCGGAUGUUUCCUGUAAUCCAUCGCUUCUGGUUGGGGUAUGUACGUACGGUCACUGUGGGGACGACAUCAUCGAUGCACUUAUUGAUGAAGCCAGUGACUGAUAUGGUGUACUCCUCAAUGCUAUCUGAAGAAUCCCAGAACAUGUUCCAGUCUGUGCUAGCAAAACAGUCCUGUAGCUUAGCAUCUGCGUCAUCUGACCACUUUUUUAUUAACCGAGUCACUGGUGCUUCCUGCUUUAGUUUUUGCUUAUAAGCAGGAAUCAGGAGGAUAGAGAUAUGGUCAGAUUUGCCAAAUGGAGGGCGAGGGAGAGCUUUGUAUGCGUCUCUGUGUGUGGAGUAAAGGUGGUCUAGAGUUUUUUUUCCUCUGGUUGCACAUUUAACAUGCUGGUAGAAAUUAGGUAGAACGGAUUUAAGUUUCCCUGCAUUAAAGUCCCCGGCCACUAGGAGCGCUGCAUCUGGAUGAGCGUUUUCCUGUUGACUUAUGGCCUUAUACAGCUCAUUCAGUGCAAUCUUAAUGCCAGCAUUGGUUUGUGAUGGUAAAUAGACAGCUAUGAAAAAUAUAGGCAGACAGGCAUGGGGUAGAGGAUGUCUCUGUGGUCACUGACAGUAUCAGAUAGCAUGAACGUUAUAUCAACCUUAUAAGGUCAGCUAUAAACACAGGCUGCAGCCCAAAUGACUCCCUAUUUCCUACAGUAUAUACUGGUAAUAGGGAGCCAUACAGUGCAUUCAGAAAGUAUUCAGACCCCUUGACUUUUUCCACAUUUUGUUACAUUACAGCCUUAUUCUAAAAUUGAUUAAAUCGUUUUUUCCCCUCAUCAAUCUCACACAAUACCCCAUAGUGACAAAGCAAAAACAGGUUUUUAGAAAUGUUUGCUAAUGUGUUACAAAUAAAAAACGGAAAUAUCACAUUUACAUAAGUAUUCAGACCCUUUACUCAGUACUUUGUUGAAGCACCUUUGGCAGCAAUUACAGCCUCAAGUCUUCUUGGGUAUGACGCUACAAGCUUGGCACACCUGUAUUUGGGGAGUUUCUCCCAUUCUUCUCUGCAGAUCCUCUCAAGCUCUGUCAGGUUGGAUGGGGAGGGUCGAUGCACAGCUAUUUUCAGGUCUCUCCAGAGAUGUUCGAUCGGGUUCAAGUCCGGGCUCUGGCUGGGCCACUCAAGGACAUUCAGAGACUUGUCCCAAAGCCACUCCUGCGUUGUUUUGGCUUUGUUCUUAGGGUCAUUGUCCUGUUGGAAGGUGAACAUUCACCCCAGUCUGAGGUCCUGAGCACUCUGGAGCAGGUUUUCUACCACCACCAUGCUUCACCGUAGGGAUGGUGCCAGGUUUUCUCCAGACGUGACACUUGGCAUUCAGGCAAAAGAGUUCAAUCUUGGUUUCAUCAGACCAAAGAAUCUUGUUUCUCAUGGUCUGAGAGUCCUUUUGGUGCCUUUUGGCAAACACCAAGUGGGCUGUCAUGUGCCUUUUUAGUUAGGAGUGGCCACUACCAUAAAGGCCUGAUUGGUGGAGUGCUGCAGAGAUGGUUGUCGUUCUGGAAGGUUCUCCCAUCUCCACAGAGGACCUCUGGAGCUCUUUCAGAGUGACCAUCGGGUUCUUGGUCACCUCCCUGACCAAGGCCCUUGUCCCCGAUUGCUCAGUUUGGCCAGGCAGCCAACUCUAGGAAGGGUCGUGGUGGUUACAAACUUCUUCCAUUUAAGAAUGAUGGAGGCCACUGUGUUCUUGGGGACCUUCCAUGCUCAGACAUUUUUUGGUACCCUUCCCCAGAUCUGUGCCUUGACAUAAUCCUGUCUCGGAGCUCUACGGACAAUUCCUUCGACCUCAUGGCUUGGUUUUUGCUCUGACAUGCACUGUCAACUGUGGGACCUUAUAUAGAGAGGUGUGUGCCUUUCCAAAUCAUGUCCAAUCAAUUUAAUUUUCCGCAGGUGGACUCCAAUCAAGUUGUAGAAACAUCUCAAGGAUGAAACAAUUUCGAGUCUCAUAGCAAAGGGUCUGAAUACUUAUGUAAAUGUGAAAUUUCCGUUUUUUAUUUUUAAUACAUUUGCAAACAUUUCUAAAAACCUGUUUUUGCUUUGUCAUUAUGGGGUAUUGUGUGUAGAUUGAUGAUUUAAUCAAUUUUAGAAUAAGGCUCUAACGAAACAAAAUGUGGAAAAAGUCAAGGGGUCUGAAUACUUUCUGAAUGCACUGUAUGCAGGUAAUGGGGUGCCAUUUGGGAUUCAAAAAUCUAUGUCAUCAGAUCAACUAUAAACACAGUGAUGGGAGGUUGUGAUGUCACACAGAGCUGUGAAACAGGGCUAACAACAGGAAGAGGUUAGGACUGAGAGAGGUGCUGUUAGUGAUUUUUGACUCUGUUACCUGCUUAUCACACUGAUGCAUCACUAUUCACUAAGCUAGCCCUGGCUCUCAGUAUUCACACCGGGAGGAGAGGAGGAACUCACACACAUACACACAUGCAUGUACACACAUACACACAAACACACAUGAACAUGCACACACACACACACACACACACACACACGAACAUGCACACACACACACACACACACACACACACACACAUGAACAUGCACACACACACACACACACACACACACGAACAUGCAAGAGACAAAGUGCAAGAGGGAUAGAAAGAAACACACAGAGACAAUUGAAUUAUUAGUCUCUCUCUCCCAGACAUGCAUCCAUCAGUCUGUUUCAAACAGGAGGUAAGUGGUGUUAAGUUGUGUGUUAUUCCUCCUACUAUGAAUCUUCAUUCAGAUAGACAGGAGAUGUCUUGUUUCCCUUUGGAUAGCCAGGAGCUCCAAGGUUGACCUGCUCUCUUUUAUCUUUCAUCGCUUUCUCUUUCUCUCUCUAUCUUUCUUUCUCACUCUUUUUCUGUCCCUCUCUCUCUCUCUUUCUCUGUCCCUCUCUCUCUCUCUGUCUCUGUCUCUGUGUCUGUCUCUCUAUCCCUCUCAGUCUUCUGGGCGAUUUGUCAUGUCAACUACUUGGACGUGACUGUAAUCUGGCAAGAGUGUAAGUGGGACAGAGCGAGAGAGAGAGUGAGAGGGAGAGAGUGUUUGUGAUGGAUUUUUACCCCUCUUGCACAGCUCUCCCUGCCUCUCUCUACCUCCUCACUCCCCCUCUUUCCCUCCUCUCUUCUCCUAUAUGUGUGAGUUGGGAGAGAGUAUUAGAGGCACAUUGGAAACUCAAGCCAUCUGCUCCCCCCUCCCACCAAUCAUUCUCAUCCCAUCUAUGUGGUUGUAGCCAACCCAUGAACCCAUCCAGUGCUACCUCUCUCUACCUGGCUACCUGUCUGUCUAUCUGUUUCAACCUAUUUUAGUCUAUUUUUAUUUGUCUGACCUUCCAAUCCCAUACACCCCUACCCCAUUUCAAUGCUUUAUCUUUUUACUUGCCCAACCCCCAACUAAACUCUCUCUCUCUCUCUCUCUCUCUCCUCUCUCUCCUCUCUCUCUCCUCUCUCUCUCUCUCUCUCUCCCUCUCUCUCCUCUCUCUCUCUCUCUCUCUCUCUCUCUCUAUUUAUUGGCAUGGGAAACGUAUGUUAACAUUGCCAAAGCAAGUGAAGUAGAUAGUAAACAAAAGUGAAAUAAACAAUAAAUAUUAACAGUAAACAUUACACUCAGAAGUUACAAAAGAAUAAUAUAUUAUGUAUAUAUACAGUGUUGUAACAAUGUGCAAAUAGUUAAAGUACAAAUGGGAAAAUAAAUAAACAUAAAUAUGGGUUGUAUUUACAAUGGUGUUUGUUCUUCACUGGUUCUCUCUCUCUCUCUCUCUCUCUCUCUGUCUCCAUCUCUCUCUCUGUCUCCAUCUCUCUCUCUCUGUCUCUCUCUCUCUCUCUGUCUCCAUCUCUCUCCUCCCUCCCUCCAUCUCUCUCCUCCCUCCCUCCUGUAGGACUCCAAGAUGGGGUUUGGUAUUGCCGUGUCGGGGGGUCGGGACAACCCCAACGUGGAGAACGGAGAGAUGUCAAUCAUCGUGUCAGACGUCCUACAGGGAGGACCAGCUGACGGACUCCUGUUGUACGCUAAACCACUUCCUCUUACGUCAUCAACUAACCAGACCUCACUGAGUUUUUGAAAACUUGAAUGCUGUUGUUAAUUAAUGGGUUUUUUGCCCAAUAUGUCAGGAAGUCAGUUAAGGGGAUACCGUCAUGGUGGUUGCCGGUACCGGAAGCCAUCGGAUCGCAUCUCAGUAGUCUGAAGUUGCAUGCUGGUCUCUUGUCUUUCACCUGUACUGAUAAAAUAAAAAUACACAGGCUAGGUGAAAACAAAGCAAUAUGUUUGACAUCGUCUGGGAAAGGGCUUUCAUCUACGAAUGAAAAGAGAGGAGAGGAAGCUACUUUUGCUUAUAGAAAUGCAGCCAGGGUUGAUCAUGUUCUAAUGUACUCUUUCAUGUGUGUCUUGUUGUUCUACGUUAACGGUAUGUUGUGUUCUCCUCCAGUGAGAAAGAUCGUGUGAUCCAGGUCAACUCCAUCCUCAUGGACAACGUGCCUCAUUCCUUCGCUGUGCAGCAGCUACGCAAAUGUGGGAAGACCGCCAAGGUGGUGAGUAUCACUGUGCAUAGCGUUGCUGUAGUUAGUAGCUAGUUGAAAUGUAGGAAGGUAGCCAAGGUGGUGAGUACAAUAUAUGAUAGAAUAUGUUAGGCCAUAAGGACAUUGACAGUAUAUUCAAAAUAUGAACACAGGGAUGACAUAGCCUUGACAUUCAUCCUGGUGUAGCUGCUAGCUUAGCCACUGACAGACUGACAGACAGGGGACAUUGUAACAUUGUGACAGUGAAUCACUUGCAGCCACUGUACUGCCUUCUGAGCUGUUUCACAGUGUCGGUCCACUGAGCUGUUUCACAGUGUCGGUCCGCUGAGCUGUUUCACAGUGUCAGUCCGCUGAGCUGUUUCACACUGUCAGUCCACUGAGCUGUUUCACAGUGUCAGUCCGCUGAGCUGUUUCACACUGUCAGUCCACUGAGCUGUUUCACAGUGUCAGUCCACUGAGCUGUUUCACAGUGUCAGUCCGCUGAGCUGUUUCACACUGUCAGUCCGCUGAGCUGUUUCACACUGUCAGUCCACUGAGCUGUUUCACACUGUCAGUCCGCUGAGCUGUUUCACAGUGUCAGUCCGCUGAGCUGUUUCACACUGUCAGUCCACUGAGCUGUUUCACAGUGUCAGUCCACUGAGCUGUUUCACAGUGUCAGUCCACUGAGCUGUUUCACACUGUCCCACCUUUAAUACUGCACAGCCAAAAAUAACCCUACUGCUCCACUCUUGCUCCCGGCUCUGUGUGUGUGUGUGUGUGUGUGUGGUCUCUUGGGUGUUUUGUUGCACGUGUUAUCUAAUGCGAUCCUUUCCAUCAAAAUGCUGCAGUGUGGCCUCCCGAGUGGCACAGCGGUCUAAGGCACUGCACUGCUUGAGGCGUCACUACAGAUCCAGGUUCGAUCCCGGGCUGUGACCGGGAGACCCAUGAGGUGGCACACAGUUGGCCCAGCGUCGUCCGGGUUAGGGGAGGGUUUGGCCGGCCGGGAUGUCCUUGUCCCAUCGCGCUCUAGCAACUCCUUGUGGUGGGCCAGGCGCAUGCAGGCUGACACAUUGGUGCGGCUGGCUUCCGGGUUAAGCGAGCAGUGUGUCAAGGAGCAGUGCGGCUUUGCAGGGUUGUGUUUCGGAGGACGCAUGGCUCUCGACCUUCGACUCUCUCGAGUCCGUACGGGCGUUGCAGCGAUGGGACAAGACUGUAAAUACUAAUUGGAUAUCAUGAAAUUGGGGAGAAAAAGGGGUAAAACAAAAAUAUAUAAAAAAAUAUAUAUAAAGCUGCAGUGUAGGUUUUAGGCCUGAGCUCUCUGCAUAGCAAUACAGUGUGUAAUGGUUGACCCUGUAUGUCUCUCUGUGUGUGUUUCCCCUCAGACGGUGAAGAGACCUCGGAAGGUGGCUCUCCACUCCCUGAAGCACCCCCCCUCCCCCGGCGGUGAGAGUCGAGACUUCGGCACCACCCGUUACUACGACGCCGAUGACAACCAGAGCGACGGGGGCUGGCAGCGCGGCAACGGUGGGCCCGGUUACACCCACGAGCCUCGUGACCUCACCCCCGACAACAAGAACUACCUGGACCCCGACUACGGUGGCCGUGGUAAUCGGGGGAGGAGCCGGGGGAGGAGCCAGGAGAGGACAUCGCCGAGCCCUGAGCAUCGCCGCGACAACAGCAAGGGGCGGGCCUUGGACCGGGAGCCGCCCAGUCCCGAGACGCUGCGGAUUCCACAGGAAGGCAGCCGGGGGAGGAGCACGGACCGGGAGAGAGGAGGAGGGGGAGGAGGGAGUCCAGGUGGGAGGAGCUACGGCCGAGGUGACAGCUACGAGCGGGGAGGGGGGAGGUACGGGGAUGUAGGAGGUACCGGAGGGAGGAUGGUGAAGAGUACGAGUAGAGACCAACUCCAGGAGCCGCCCUCCUCGACCUCCCCGGACCUCCCACGAGGAGGAGGAGGAGGAGGAGGAGGAGGAGGAGGAGGGGGACUAAGAGACCUGGAGCCCCUGGAGAAACCUGUUAAUGUCCUGCUGGUCAAGAACAGACCCAACGAAGGUACCAGACAUAGUCUACUACAGUAACUAACCCUAAUAAGGUCAGUUCCUUUACGAUAAUUGUUCGCCCUUAAGAAGGGAUGAUGUAUAAAGGAAGGGGGAGCACGUUUACUGCUUACAUUUUGUAAGGGUCAUUUUGUAAAGGUCAGAGGUUAAGGUGGUUUUAAGGUCAGGAUAGUUCUCUGGUUGCUGCAGCUAGUCACUAACUGUGUGCGUGUGCCGUGUGCGUGUGUGUGUGUAGAGUACGGUCUGCGUCUGGGCAGUCAGAUCUUCAUCAAGGAGAUGACCAGUACAGGACUGGCUACCAAGGACGGAAACUUACAGGAGGGAGACAUCAUUCUAAAGGUUUACAGACACACACACACACAAUGAAUCUCUUUCUCACACUCACAUAUCUUGUCACACAUCACACAAACACACACACACACACACACACUGUCACUCUCAAUUUCAAUGUAAUUGGUCAUCAUAGGCAUGACUGUAUAGAACGCUGCCAAAUAGGAACAUGUUAAUGGCUUUCCUCAUUUCUCUCUCCAUCUCACACCCAAACUGUCAAGUCACUACUACACUAAUUUACACUGUACUUUCUCUCUCUCUCUGUUUCUCGCCUCUCCUUCUCCCUCUCUCCUCUCCUACUCGCUCGCUCUCUCCUUUCUCUUCUCCUCCUCUCUCUCUCCUCCUCUCUCGUCUCUCCUCUCUCUCACGCUCCUCCUCUCCUCUUCUCUCCUCUCUCCUCACUCUCCUCUCUCUUCUCUCUCUCUCUCUCUCUCUCUCUCUCUCUCUCUCCUCCUCUCUCACUCUCUCCUCUCCUCCUCUACUCCUCAUCUUCUCUGCGAGUUCUCCCUAUCCGUCUCCACAAAGAGACUCCUCCUCUCCCUAGACGGGCCCCGUCACUCUCUCAUCUCCUCCUCCUCUCCUCACCUAAUCCUUCUCCCUCUCAUCUCCUACCCCCAAACCCAUUCAGCACCCUCCUCCAAUUCUGCGUCUCCUCAAAUCACAUUCUCUCGCUCUCUCGCUCUUCCUCCUCCUCUCGGAAAGUAAGACAACAAGUCUAGAGGGAAGGGCGGACACCUCACGACAGAAGCAGCAAGAUCGCCGCCCCGACGCGAACUUCCUCUCAAUCAUGCCGACUUCGUCUCUAACCCCCCUCCCGCCUGGGGAUCGGGGAUCGCGCCGCCCGUCCUCAGUCAAUCGCGCGAACGACGGCCCCACGCGAACGCCGCCGAGGGAACAAGAUAACUAUCCAGCGAGAAAGCCGUCAAAGGAAAUAAAUCUCCGAUAGGGGACGGGAAGGUCCAGUCCUAAAGCCAGGGUCCAACCGCUCCGAGGGAGAAGGAAGAAAGAGGGAUGCGAAGACUCGGCCGGAAUGGAAUCAAAGAGACAAGCCCCCGACCCGGGGACCCACCCAACAAAGCAUCGGAAAAUCUGCGCCCCGUGAUUUCGGCUGAGAUUUUCCCUUCUACUCGCAAAACCCAAAAGAUGGGCCCCCUCCCCGACAAUCCUCGUCCGCUAGGGCCUCCUGCGCCCCUCCUCAAGGCCCACGUCAUCCUCUCCCCCGAAAUCGCCUCUCCUUCCUAUCUCGUAAUAUACUCACUCCUUCCGCUACGCUCCUCUCCUUACUCUUCUCUCCCUUUUCCCUUAUCUUCUCUCUUUCUCUCUCCCCUAUCCUCUUCUCUUCUCUCUCUCUCCUCUCCUCACUCUUCUCUCUCCUCUGCUCCCGAUCUCCUCCCUCUCUUCAGAUCAACGGGACAGUAACAGAGAACAUGUCUCUGAACGAUGCAGGGAAGCUCAUUGAGAAGUCUAGAGGGAAACUCCAGCUGGUCGUCCAGAGAGACCGCAGACAGAUCCUCAUCCGUAUCCCGCCCCUCGUCGACUCUGACUCCGAACCU